AUGACGAGCAACCCUUACACGGCGAUGAUCGAGUCUCUCCACGCCCAGGUAUACCGCACCCCAAGUCCAGGCUUCGAAGCCCGCAUGAUCGUGUUGUCGGUCAUCAACGUCCUGUGAGUGAGGUUUCGUUGAUUCAUGUGCUCCUCGCUCACGUCUCAGCUCUCACCAAGGGAGGAUGCGCUUUCCUGAUACUCUCGUUUUCACCCCACAGGCUCGUUCUCAGCAGCCUAGUGUAUCUCGUCCUCACGCAAUACGAGCGGACCAAGGCCGUAAAUGCCGGCGGCGAGGAGUCGUACCGGAUGAAGCAGCGAACAUUCUGGGUUUUUCGAAGGGCGCGUCCUUAUUGGCACGCAAAAGAGCAUGUUAGCAAAAUGAUGAAGAAGAAUGCAUUCUUUGUUGGGCCACUCGAGAGAAAAGGUUGAUCGGCUGUCCGACAAAACCCCGCUCGUCAUCCCGAAUCACAGGACGGUCGGAAUUUUCUUCCUCCUCAUGGUCGGCAUAUCCUCGAUCGGUCUAUGCAUCGACUCGGUCCGGGUCUGGAUCUAUCAACACAGCAUGAAGAGCAGUUUCGCAUGGAGAGCGUUCAGCAUGACACCGAUGUUGUGAGUGUGCACGCUCUCCGCAACCUAUGCCUCUUCAGCACUACGGUCGAAAAGAGCUCGUGCUCUCCCUCUUCGCAGCGAGCUGACUCUAUGACUUGCCGGUUGUGAACCGGGCAGUGAGCAUGGCUGGAUCCUUGUAUGGGCCAAUCUUACAACAUUCCUUAUGACGACGGAUCAAGCACUGAGCGUGACAGUUCCGUCCUGGCUUGUCAACGCCUUCUUCAUUUCGGUCUUUAUCGCUGGCGGUACGAUGGGCAUAACCGCGAAUGCAUACUAUACACACAAAGGUGCUCAGUUCUGGAACGCCUACGUCGCCCUGAUCACUCAGCUCAAAUCGAACGAGGCAGCUUAUCCAGACCUGCCCUCGGUAGCUUCCGGCUCGGCCGUGGAACAAGUCGCCGCAGUCCAGGCGGCCUACAUCGCAUAUUGGAAGUCGGGGGCCUAUACCUAUGGACCUUGUGUAAUCAUGGCCGUGGCGAUCCUCAUUGUGGUGCGUUGCUUUCUUCAAGGGUUAGGCCCGUGACCUGUGACUGACCGGCGGGCCUGACCCCGCUUCCUCCCCCUCGCCAGAACGUGGCCGGCCUGUCUCUCUGCCGAGUCAUGCAAAGGCAAAUUGACUUCAACAAGGACCAGCUAUUGGCAGCAAUUUCGCCAGGAUCUCGAAUCGAAGGGCCUGCACAGAUUGCCUUGGAACCUCACGUCGAUGCAGCCGAAUCGCCCCCACGGAACCUGGACAAGAUGACGAGGUGGAUCGACAUGGCUACCUUCAACCCGAGCAAGAGUUCUCUCAAGGCUUCGGACCUUCGCAAGAUGUGCAUGGGUCGUGCCAACACCCAUCAGCGGGAGAAGGCUCGUACCAUCAUCGUCCUCGCCCGAGCGGGUUUGGAGCUGAUGCUGGUGAGUGCCGGGCACCAGCGGGCACCCGAAUGAUGCUUCAUCUGAGGAGCGGGCGCGCGGCGUAAGCGUGAAUCUGACGACCUGAACACGCUCCUGCACAGUUCUCGAUGUGUGCCGCAUCGCUUUCGUUUGGGGUCGUCGGAACAUUGAUGUACCUCGCGAUCGUCUCAAAUACCCUCGCGAUCGUGAACGGCCCUUGGGGCAUCUUCGAAUCAUCGGUCUACUUCGGAACCUGGUCGUACCCGUCUCUGCUCCUCCUCGUUCUGAGCAUCCUGAUCUAUCAGGCGUACCGGUACCGUCAGCCACAGGGGUCGGCCCGUUUGACCCGAGUCGCUGCGGGCCAGAUCAGCACCUCGGGCGUCAUUUCGACGAGCAGUGUCCGUGGCGCAAAAGAGGCGGACGAUCGCCAUUCUUUCUUCGUUACUGCGACCCAGCUAUCUGCUCCCAGUGCCUCGCAGCCGGUGGGCAGCACGGACCGUCGUCCAUGGACCGACAGCGCCGGUCCGAGGAGGAAAGAAUCCGGUAUUUCGAGGCCCUUCCCAAAUUUGUGGCCGAGAGCAAAGACAUCUACAAGAUGCAGCAAAUCCAGAGUUUUGGAAGUAAAGCUCGUCGUGGAUCGAGUGGUCAAGGAGGAGAGCGAAAAUAUCGCUCUGAAAUCACCGCCGGCCGAACAGAGUUUCCAGCAAUACUAG